AUGUAAUCUAAUUUUUGGUGGAAGAUAACGAAAAAAGAAUAAAUUAAGUUGGUACUUUCAGCAUUUUUUGGAGCAAUAAUAUGUCUUUUAUCAACAACAAUAGGAAAUUUUAUUUUGAUUGAGAUUAGAUUCAAUAUAUUAUUUUCAGCUGUAAAUUUUUAGAUUAUGUAGAAAGUAUUUUGGAUUCACAUUUAUAUUAACUGGUGUCUAUAUAUUACUUAAAACUAGAAUUUUAAUGAAUACAAAUUGUGAUACUUAAUGGACCUUAAAACAAAAAUAUUUAAUCUAUUUUGCUAGUGUAAUAAUUGCAUCAGGGAUUAUAUGUUUUUGCUUAUAUUUUGAUUAAGAAUGGUAAAGCUGUUGAAUAGUAUAGGCAUAAAGGAUUGAAUUAUUUUAUCAAGAUUCCUUUAUAUGUAAUUUUAGGAGUAUCUUUGAGUUCAUCAAUAAGUUAUUUAACAAUUGACUUAAUAAAUUUUUUGGUUGGUUUAACACAAUAAGUCUAAUCAAGAACUAUUGUGGAAACACCAAAUUAGAUUAUUUCGUUUAUAUUUAUAAGUUCACUGAUUGGGUUCCUAUAAGGAUUAUUAUUUAGCUCUUUGGAUAUUGAAGUAUGUGAACAUUUUUUUUAAUUAGGAUGUGGAAAAUAAAAAUAUUUCAUUUAGAUUAGUUUUGUUUGAAGAAAUAUUAUUAAUACCUUUUAUUUUAGUUUUAGGCAGCAUAGGAGGAUUUUUUAAUGAAUAUUUAAGAUUAAAAGGUAGUCAUUUGUAAUCAUAUACAUUUGAACCAAUAAAUGAUCCAUUUACAGAUGAAAUUUGA